AUGUCUACAAAAGUCCAGCUGAUCGGUCGAGAGCUCUGUUUCUGGUGCAUUGAAGGUGAGCACUUGUUUUUCUGCGAAAAAAAAACGAAAAAUUCUGAAGCAUUCCGUGGAUGUCAUCUUCACGACAACACGGACGUCUUCUGGAACGACGUGGCCGUCAGAAGUUACUCCGAAGGCGACGCAUUCGAAAUUGUAGACGAAAAAGAGCUGAUCGACGUGGAGAGCCGAGUGUUUUGUGAGUGAAAAAUCGGAAAACAUGGAGAAAAAUAAACAUUUUUUAAAGAUUCUUCGGGAAAAUUCUCGGUGCCGCCGACCGCCUCUUCCACGCCGAUUUCGACGAUCUUCCGGUUUGAAAAGUGCGAAAAGCCGGCUCGGAAUGUUCCGGAAACGCAAGUAGUUGUCAAACCAAAACGGAAAUAUACGAAAAGAAAAGGAGUGAUUCAAAGGGAAAUUACGGAAAAGAUUCCGGAAGUUUGUGCAGAGAAAAGCAAGGAGAGGAAGAGCUACGGAUCGAUUCAUCGAAAUGUGAAUAUCUUUUUAAAUGUCUAAACACUUUCGGUCAAAGUGUCAAUCUAAUUAAAUGCAUUGUGAAUCUAAUAUCAGUUCUUUAUCAAUCUAAUUAGACAAAUUUAUCAGUCUAGCUAGAAAAGCAAUCUAUUAGCUAGAUUAAUAACGAUUUCCCUGAUAAAGAUUACCCAAAAAACUGCAAUCUUCAGGCGGUCAAAACGAUCCCGCCGCCGUACACUCGAGGCAGAAAGUGCAAUUACGAGGAGAAAUUGGUAGGAGCAGACUUUAUAAACCAAAAAGAAACGGGUUUCAGUUCGUGUGUGACAUUUGCGAAAUGUCGUUCACUCUCCGCCACAAUCUUCAAGUCCAUCUCGUUCAAUUUCAUGGGGACACUGCGAGUGAGUCCGGAAAAUCGGAAAAUUCAUGGAAAGCAUCGAUUUUCAGAUGUUUCCGAAGAGAAAUUUCCGGUGUUGAAGGAGAUGCUCAAUCGAAAGGGACCACUGACAGUCAAGAAAGCGAAGAAGGGAUGAGAUACUUGGGAUCCUUCUGUUUCGAAUCUUUUUCAAAUAAACGUAUUGUCUCAAAACAAGUUGUACUUCAAACGGAGGAAUUUCUUCAGGAGAAAGUGCGAAACUAAAGGCUGGAGCUUGAGCUAUAUUUUCCAGUUUUCAUUGCCAAAACUUUCAGAAAUAGCCUAAUUGACACAGAGCGGUUAUUUCAACUAAUACUAGAAGAAGGUUCUUGCUGUGAAUGCCCUCGCCGUUCUAUUACCUACUUUUGAUAACUUGCAGGAGGCCGCCGAAGCUUUCCUCGUCCAGGUUCUCAGUGAAUCCAACCUCGCGGCCAUCCACGACGGAAGAACGACCAUCAAGACGAAGGACAUGAAGUACGUGGUCGAAUUUCUGAAAAGACUCCAGAAGAAGGAAUAA